AUGUUGCCGUUGACUGGGUGGGUUACGGACGGUGACUUGGAGAGGGGCUAUCUUGAGUGCAAACGGUUGUUGGAUGACAGAGUGCGUGGUAUGUGGCAGGAGCGUUGGGAUGGUAGUUCCAAUGGUCGUGUUACAUACCGCUUCAUUCCGAGUGUAGGGUUUAUGGGAGAGAAUCCGGACUUCGGGCAUUGCUUGAGUUUGGAUUUUCUACUAACGGGGCAUGGUCCUCUUAAUGCUUAUUUGCGUAAGAGGAACCUCCAUGACUCUGAGGGGUCGCCAACCGCGACCACCAACACGAAAGCAUCGGCAACCUUCCAGUAUCGCAAUCGAGUUGCUGCAACAACAGUAGACAACAAUAUGAGCAACAACAACCACAGCAGCGCUAAAUACAAUUUGAAAUGGACAAUUCGCAGCGCUUGGCAGGCGGCAUCACCGCAUCACGCGCCCACUCGCAACGGUGGCGUGGAUGGCGUGUCACAUGUGCUCAUUCAUCACACCGCAACACCAGCGGCCGCAUGUCGACGCAACGCCAACGCAUGUGCAGCCACCGUACGCGCCACACCACGCACGCAUCAGCAGGAACGCGGUUGGGAUGACAUCGGUUACAAUUUCCUAAUCGGUGGCAGUGAUGACCGCGCUGAGAUUUAUGAAGGGCGUGGCUUCGACGUGGUGGGGGGGGCACAUGCUGUCGACUACAAUGCGCGGAGUGUUGGAAUCGUUCUAAUUGGCGAUUGGACAGACACUCUGCCGCCUAGCGCUAUGUUGGUUAAACUGCAGAAACUUAUAAUUUACGGCGUGCAAGUGGGUUACAUUCACCGAAGCUAUGCACUGCCAGGCCAUCGCCAAGUGAAAGGUACAUACUGUCCGGGUAACCGCCUGUGCAAUGAGCUGAAAGAGUGGGGGCACUAUGCGCCUUCAUGCCACAUGAAUGCGGAUGAAAGGAAAAAGUAA